GGGGGCAGAAGCACCAGGAUUGGGACCCAGAUGUGCCAGGCUUCCAAGCCCGGCUAUCCCAGGUCUGCCUGGGACCUCACAACAAUGGCUCUAGAACAAGCUAAGUCCCGGGCAGCUGACUCUUCAUGUUCCAGGUUAACUCAGCUCUGACAAACCACCUGGCUUUGAGAGCGCCCCAGUUUCGAAGCUCGGCCAACCAAAGCCAAGUCGGGGAAAACUGGGCAGGACAGAGAGUGGAACCGGCCCUGCCACAUGGCCUGCAGGGUGAAUCUGGGCGGGGCUCCCAGCUCCAAAGGGCAGGGGCUGGCUCCACCCAUCUCCAUGCCCUCCCAGCUCCCGUGUUUACAGAGUCUGAUCAGCCCGGAACCUGAACACAUACCAGCCUUCUCAUCUGUAAAAUGGGUGAGGCGACUGAAACCCAGAGGGCAUCUCGCCCAAAGUCACACAUUUGGGAAGUGGUGAAGCCGAGACUUGAACCCAGGACUGCUGGAGAUGCACAAAGCCAUUACUUUGCCACAGUGCGACGCAGCCUCUGCUGAGCACAUCACCCAGGAACUGCUGUGCCCUGACUAUGUGCCAGUCCCUGGGCUGGGUCCUGCAGGAGAUGGCACAAGUGACACUGCCAUGGCCUGGAGCCCGGCAAGCCAGGCGGGAAGGGAGCAAGGGAGCCGCAUGGCACAGAGCCGGAUGGAGACAGGAGAGCGCAGUCAGGGAGGGCUUCGGGAAAAUCUCAGCGCAUCACCACUCCCCAAGAACAGGGAGGGCUCACAGAGGUGGAUAAGGCUUAAGGCUGGCCCAGGAGGGUGGGUGCGAUCUCAGCCUGCAGAGACGAGUAGAGAGAUGCGUCUCAUCCGAGCCAACAGCCACCUCCUGGAUCCACAGGAAUUAGCCGGGGCCAGGCCUACCACCCUGUCUAGUAAGGGGACUAAAAGGCCGUGGGAUGAGGCUUUAACACGCUUCCCUGGAUGGUGAGGGUCACGGCUGCCAGUUCUCUGGUUCUCCCCCUCCCCCCCUUUCCCUCCCUUGACAGCAGUGGAUCGGUUGUCCGUUGCAGACUCCCUGACCCAUCCCUAACCCCUUUCUGACCUCGGGGCCACCGGACUGGCCUUUUCGCGUUUCCGGCCCAAUCCCAGAGUCAGGGCAGGGGGCGGGGCGGGGGCACCUCGAGGAGUCGGUGCCAAGAGGAGAGAAAAGACCAGACCACCUUCGGCUCCCCUCCCCUACCCCCGCCGGAUCGCAAGGCUCGCAGCCGCCGUGGCAAUGAGGCCACUCACCUGCGCGGGCCACACGUCACACGCAGCCUGUGGUGGAUUUGGCCUUCAGUGGCAUCACGCCUUACUGCUUUUGCCUAAUCGGUGCUUGCAAAGAUGAUAAACCUAUGCUACGCCAGGGAGAUACAGGAGACUGGACUGGAACAUUUUGGGGUCAUGAGGGUGCUGUUUGGGACGCAACAUUAAAUAAGGACGCCACCACAGCAGCUACAGCAGCUGCAGAUUUCACAGCCAAAGUGUGGGAUGCUGUCUCAGGAGAUGAAUGGAUGACCCUGGCUCAUAAACACAUGGUCCAGACGGAUUUUACGCAGGAUACUAAUUACUUGUUAACCGGGGGACAGGAUAAACUGUUAUGCAUAUAUGACUUGAACAAACCUGAGGCAGAACCUAAGGAAAUCAGUGGUCAUACCUCUGGUAUUAAAAAGGCUCUAUGGUGCAGCGAGGAUAAACAGAUCCUUUCAGCUGAUGACAAAACUGUUCGCCUUUGGGAUCAUGCUACUAUGACAGAAGUGAAAUCUCUAAAUUUUAAUAUGUCUGUUUGCAGUAUGGAAUAUAUUCCUGAGGGAGAGAUCUUGGUAAUAACUUAUGGGCGAUCUACUGCUUUUCACAGUGCAGUAAGUUUGGACCCAAUUAAAUCUUUUGAAGCUCCUGCAACCAUCAAUUCUGCAUCUCUUCAUCCUGAGAAAGAAUUUCUUGUUGCAGGGGGUGAAGAUUUUAAACUUUGUAAGCAUGAUUCUAAUAGUGGAGAAGAAUUAGAAUCCUACAAAGGACACUUGGGUCCCAUUCACUGUGUGAGGUUUAGUCCUGAUGGACAACUCGAUGCUAGUGGUUCUGAAGACGGAACACUGAGACUAUGGCAGACUGUGGUAGGAAAAACAUACGGCCUUUGGAAAUGCGUGCUUCCUGAAGAAGACAGUGGUGAGCUGGCAGAGCCGAGGAUCAGUUUUCCAGAGACAGCGGAAGAGGAGCUAGAAGAAAUUGCUUCAGAGAAUUCUGAUGCCAUCUAUAGUGCAACUCCUGAAGUUAAGGCCUGAGCAUCAGGCAGAGGUACACAACUUAUGGACUAAAACAAACAGAGAAAAGCAUCAGCCUCCAGAGUUACUCUCUGCCUAAGGUAAACACGAGCAGUAAACAAUGAGGAAUAUGAAUUAGCUCCAGUGCUGGAACUAACCAACUUGUAGUACGAUGGUCUGUUGUCUUUUUAAUGAAUACGUGCCAACCAACACCCAAUUUCUCUUAUUACAGUUGGAUUUCUUGUAGCUGUUUAUGUUAUUAUGAGAGGGAAAAUAUACUGACCUAUUUUUCUGACUUUUCCCUUAAAGCAGAAAGCCAUUGUUUUUUUGCUUUAGUUAUAAAGAAGAGGGGGAAUACAUGAUAAAGUAACUGGUUUGAUCUCUCAUUGUACACUGCUUCCGAACAUCUAAUUGUUUUUAGUUGU